GUUUUCUAAGGCUGUCGCGCAUGGGGUUUGUGCUGACUCGUGUGCUAUGUAGACGCCAUUCAGACAAGAGCUGCCUGUCGUUGUGCUGAUCAUCCGUUCGCAAUGAAUUUCAAGAAAUCUCAGUCUGCCCGACCUGAGAGAGUGGUGCCAAAUCCCCGACGCCCAGGAGACAUUCUUUUUUCCACGGUCGCCGGUGGUCCUGCCCAUGUGCAUUCACCUCAGGAUUACUGCCGUAAAUUAGAAAGCUUAGGAGGUAGUGCUAGUGGUGAUGGAUGCCACCCGGUUUCGCUUUUCAACAGUCUACUCGAUCCGAACAUUGAGCUUCCAACAAUCACUGUGCGCGAAGUUGAUGCGGUUUUGAGUAAUCUCUCUGGGGUUGCGUCACUCAGCACAAAAGGCCAAACGAGUGAAAAAACGAACACGGUGAGUGGUAAGUGUGAAAAAGACGCUUUCAGCACAACGGUCUUUUCUCACCAUUCUGAUCCACCCGCACCUACCACUGAAUGUAACCGGGACGGUCUUGACGUACCGUACGCGAGCACUUCGGCCUUCCGUCCAUUCACAGGCGAUGUUUAUGCAGAUCGGAUGAGAGCCGUCACUGUUGAUAGUGACUCCCGCGUCACCCGCACUGGAAUAGACCCUCCUUUCGCGAGCACCCAACUGUGCGAAGUGCCACUGUAUCAGGAGGCCCGCCAUGUGCCUGAAAAAGCAAUACCGCCCCUUACUCCAUCGUGCUCCUCAACAACAUCUUCAGGCAAAUUUGCUGAUGAAGUUCCUGACACGCCUCUUGUUUCCGACAAAUCGCGGUCAGGGAAUCCGGAUUUUCAUUCGCGUUUCCGUGAACCAUCGAAUAACACCGCGAAACAAAUUUCUUCCCGUGGAGAGAAGUCCACUGAUGGGCUGCAUACACAAGGGGAGGGGAAGCAGUUCAUUCUCAAGGUAAACUUGCCUCCGGUUGGCGUCACUAUGAGCCAAACGCCAUUCGGAAGUCUUGAUCUGGCCACAAAUGCCACUAUGGAUUCAGCCAUCGUGACCGAAAGUCUUAGCGAAACUGACAGACUUCGGGAAGCUAACCUCUCCCUGAGAAUCACCAAGCAAGGUCAAAUAUUUAACACCAGCGCAAAAAAAUCACCUUUACAUUGUGGUCUUACGACCCUCCUGGAGGGUGAGCCGUCAACACUGGGAGUUGGCGUUCCCCCGUCACCGAUCCAAUUAACCACAACUUCUGAGCACACCGAUUCUACGAAGCAGUUACAGUGUCCGCCAAGUGCUGCAGAUGUCCGUUUUAAAUAUGCUUGUCCCCAUCCUCGGUGUGGUCGUAGAUAUCAAGCGGAGCUGACUUUGUUACGGCAUCUUUCCAAGUACCACAGAGAAGAUGUUGGACUGCCUCAGCGGAGUCGAUUGCGGCGUCGACCAGCCUCCGAAGAGCGCUCACCUGCCAAAGAAGGUGCCACCUCACUUUUGCACCAAAAAUCAAAUGAAGGUCUGAAAUCGGCGUCAGUAGAUGAGCCGUUGGCAGAAAUCGCGCGUGGGCGUUCCGACUCAUGGAACGCAACAGCAUUUCAUAACGUGAACACCGUUCGCGCAAGUUGGUGUUCGAACGUUUUGACAGACACGAAGGAAGAAGUAACAACUCAUCCGAAAGCAGAUGGUCCUCGGGUUGGUGAAUUCAACUCGGUGGAUAUUUUACCCUCAAGUGAGCAUGUGACUUUUUCAGUCAGCUCACCUGCCACACAACGUCACAGUCUACCCAAAGGAUCGCGUGGAUCUUCCACCCAGGCUUCUGAUUGCGAUUGCUUUUCGAUGAGGUCACAAUCGAUUUGGCGCAGUUCUCCGAAUUUCACUGGGGAUUCUGAACUGUUUCUACGACAGCCUCGUCUUCGAUCAGUGAGUGGAAGUCACGAUGCUCAGUCGACUGCCGAGGAUCCUAGUGUUCAUAUCCAUAAAACUGACCGGCAUGAAGCUCAUAAUCCGCACACUAAUCCUGUGGUAGCCGGCUCACAAGCUAUGCUUUCCCAGUCCGGUUGUGAAGCAUGGACUGCAUCAAAUGAAUGUGGACUGGAGGCUGGUCGUCGACGAACUUUGAGUACUGGAGCUCAACCACGCCGUGCUCUAUCCGGGAUUCAGCUCAUGACUAAGACAGAUUUGGAACAGCCUUGUCAGUCUACUUGUCCAAGCUGCGGAUUCGGCUUGAAUACUUCCGAGACUAAACGACGCGAAUGGAUGAGCGGUGUGCGUGCGCUUACCUAUUCGAAAACCGACUCUAUUUGUUGUCCAAUCGAUGGUUGUGCUUAUGUCUGUUAUGGACGGGCAGAUCUAUCAUCGCAUCUGACGUGUAGUCACUUCCCUGAGGUCCAAAACCAAUUGGUCCGGUUGAUUUUCGCCUGCCCCGUCAAGGAUUGUCAUAUGGUCUGCGCGGAUGAAAAGAAUUUUCAAGCGCACUUCAACCGCCAUUUAUUUGGCUACUUGCCCGGUGAUUUGAGUGGACUCUUCCCUCCUGUCCCAGUUUCCUCAGUCUCCGAACAUCCUGAUGCACCCAUACUCAAGCAGCAAUCUCCUCUUCCCAACGCUGACAUACAGCGUACUGACGUGGGUGUCUGCAGUCUGCCCCCGUCAGUGUGCUCUCCAAAUGUCCGCAUCGAUCCUCCUCACACUUCUGUGCUAAUGGAGCGUGAGCUCGAAUCAACAACUUUGCCUAUUCCUGAUAUUUUCCCAGCCUCCCAAAAUCCAUUGAUCCCUGCAGAGCAUGCCCUGAGCUCCCUAGCAUCCUCACACACGUGCACUAUGAGUCCGGUUUCAGAAAGGACAACUCUAGAUUUGACUAAGCUUCAUUCACCACCGGGUGUCGUUCAUUUGAGGGACAGUAUUCCACUGAACACCACUGAUUUUAUUGAGGUCGGUGUUGACUCUGACCGGGGUAUGUCAACAGGCAAACAGCAUACCGAGAUUCAUGACCAGAUUUUGGCUGCCCCAACCAUAGCAGGUGGUACUGAUACUGCUCACAUGGAUUUGACCGAUCACCGGAAUCUGAUAUCAGCACUCGAUUUAAUACCGGAUGAUAUUCUAAUGGAACUACUCAAAGAAGAUCGUCCAGGCUUGUGGGGUGAUGGAGUCGCACCAAACAUUGCGAUGUAUUCAGCUCCACAUACGUGGGAUUCGCCUACCUAUGCACAAGAAGGUUUACACAAUCUUCCUUCUCCGCGGCUGAAGGCUGAUUGUGUAGAUGACUUCGCUGAAGACGCAGAGCAAUCAGACGUGAGUGGUACAGCAGGGAUGUGCGACUCCGUCUCAGUUGUUCAGCCGUUUGCUAGUGAAUCGGUCAAUCAGCCUUAUCCUGACGACUCUCGAAACAGUUCACCAGCUCUGAAUUGCAAUAGCUGGGUUCCAUCCCCCGUAGUUCACCAAACAUGGUCUUUGGCUGUCGCUAACGAACGCCCUUUGAACUCAACGACGUCAGAAGCGGACUAUUCCAUCCAUUCUAAAUGCGAAGACUAUGCCUAUGACUGUCCUCGUCACGUGUUGUCCGACUUGACCGCCGCACUAAUCCUACCCGAUGUUGAAAGGCGACUGAAAGCAUCCAUUUCUACUGAUGGGUGGACUGGUACGCCCGUCGCUCCAGCCACAACGCCACGGUCAACUGCUUCCGAAUCAGUGGUUGACCUUGGUUUCCGCAGUGGAAGACAGGCGUGGUGUUCCGGUAAACGACGGCGCAAUGCGUCUGAAUCCUCGCCAACUGGUGUAUUUCGACAAACUGCUAUUUCUUCAGUUGGGAACCAGAAUCUGCCGGUCAAAACUGGCAAGCAGUUAACGGAAACGGAUGUGACGGUGCCCAAUGGAGACUCACCCCACUCUCCGGGACAGACUGAAGUGAGUUGUAUAUCUAUCCUGGAACCUCCGGUACCUGUACUCAUAUCGAAAGGACUGGUUACUGGUGACGCGCGGUUCAUGAAUGGCCACACUCCUUUCAUCAAAAACUCCCACGCUCCUUCUCAUGGGAAGAACGUGACAUCUCUCAAAAACAAAACUGUCCACACGAAGGCAACUUUUUAUGCGGAUACGGAAGAUCUUCCAGCUAGGCACGAUCCAUUGGUGAACUAUGCUGGUACUUGGACUUCAGAAGCCAAUCAAACCUAUUGUCUAUCACCCAAGCAUCCGGGUGUCGAACCGAAGAAACGUCGUCGCAAAUUGCACAAAGUUAUGACUGUUGACUCUGACAGUCAUCUACCCGUAGCACGUAUACCUUCUGCGAGAAAUUCUAGUCCACAGUUAUCAAUACCCCACCCCAUAUUGUCUCGAAGACAUUCCCUUCUAUACUUCAGUCUGGUGAAUUCCGCUGACUCGCCACCCUAACACACAACUGUAUUUUUCAAUUUUAUCAAAUAACUACGGGGCGAAAGUUUGACGCCACGCAGUUUUGUCACCAAAACAACUUAUCAUUCAAAACAACAUUCUGUGUUCGAACGAUGUAAACCAUAUUAAUUUGUUCUUUUGUGAUUGUAUCGCCCGUGCAUCCCGGUUGUUAAGCUGGAAAUCGCUAAGAAAGCCUGGCGAUGGCUCCACAUGAAUGUACCUUUCGGAUUGUGUAGAUGCCUUAUUCAUAUUCCUAGCCCUGUAAAUAGCACCUUCAUCUGACCGAAUUUUUCGCUCCUCCCGUUUUGUUGCUUGUUUCCCUAACGCUGACGAAAUUAGCUUUUUGUCUUGUGCUUCCUGUUGGUUUCGUUUUUUUUCACUGUCACUUUGUUUCCUGAUCAUUGUUGAUCGUACUGGUUGCAUUUGAUUUACACUCUUUGAUCUUGCUACCUCAUGUUUCCUGUGAAACAACAUCCGUUUUUUGGUUUCACGUGAUUAUAACUUGGAUACGUAUCAGUGUAUCUAGUCUGGUUAACGAAAAUCUCAUCGGAAACUUUGUUGGUUUGCUACUAGACUGUCAUCGGCAAAACUACCGAUGAUGUUUAUUGCAUUUUGUGUAUAUAUUCUCUCCAAUCGGCCUUUUGUUUUUUUCUGUAUUAGUUGUGACUGAUGAGCCUCAAUAGUUGUACCUGUCUUCUCGCUGCAACGAUUCAGUAAAUGUAUUGUUGUGUUGCG